GAAGUCUGCUGUCAAUUGGACUCGCAAAGCGAAGUAAGAACGUUGGAGAAAGGGAUAGCAACAGCUAGAAAGCUGAAACGCAAUUUCGUGUAAGCAAACAAAAGUCGUUCGAUUACGAUUUACAGCCGUUAUUCUUACAAACUAAGCGUUUGAAAAACAACAACAUAAAGAUGUCCGCAUCACCUACUGCUCGUCAAGCAAUUUCUCAUGCGGAGCCUAUGGCCAUGACAAAGACCAAGAAGGUCAUCAUAUCAGAUCCCAUCCAGAUGCCCGAGGUCUACUCAUCUACGCCCGGUGGCACCCUGUACUCCACUACACCUGGCGGCACUAAACUUAUCUAUGAACGUGCUUUCAUGAAGAAUCUGCGUAGCUCUCCUCUGAGUCAAACUCCGCCCAGCAACAUCCCCAGCUGCCUGAUGCGCGGCACACCUCGCACUCCCUUCCGCAAGUGUGUACCUAUACCAUCCGACUUGGUCAAGAAAACUCAAUCGCUGAAAAUUGAGGAACAAGAACAGUUCCAACUGGAAUUGUAAAUGGAGUCUACUAACCCUAUUCCAAGUAACAACUGCCAAAACUCAUUAUUAGUUAACUACCCUUAGACCCUACCUUUACCAACAAAUUAAUACUGAUAUUUAAUUCCCACU